AGAUAUUUGAGGAUAAGUUGCGCCAUAAAUUUUUGACCGCACUUAGGAUCUAGAUUUGGUAUUCGACCAGCCAAGGUCCCCCCUAGGCCUUGGCCCACUUUGUAAACGUCAAAUUGGACACAGUUGAGAAACUACUGGUGAAACUGCCAUGUGCCGCAGCAAGAAAUAUUGGAUUUUUGUGUACAGUAGCGACCAUUUUCCUUCUCUCUUGAAGAGCUCUGCGAGUCCUCGACAUGAACAUUCUUGCUUAGGCUACCCCAACCACAACCACAACCACAACAGAUUCACGGAGACGGACUCAAUAUACUAGAUUCUAGAUCUUGGAAUAAACAAAUGACAAUAUACCCCCAUUUUAUUUUAACCUGAGGCACCAACUGCAAGUCUAGAGUACAAUUAUGUCUUACAGGAGGAAACCAUAUCGUGAUAAAAGUCAACUGGUUGUUGUUGAAAGUGAGCGUCUGAGGAAAGACAUUUCUCAACUGGAGGACGCUCUAUACCUGCACUCAAGGAUUCAAGCCUCGGAAGAGCAAAGUGUCACGGGAUUAAUCAGAGUCGAGACCCGUACAGUACUGGCUCCAGCAGAAAGGUCCCACCAGACCAUGUGUGUUCAGAGGAGGCAACACCGUCCGUGACUUGCUUGAAAGCGGAAUGGGCAAAAGAUUCCAGCCAGUCUUCGGUGGAGAACACAUUGAAGGCAGUGGACAGGAGUAUCCCUGGCAUGAAGAAUUGUCAUGAUAAAGGCGAAGACAGUGUGAAUAUUUUGGACAUCACCUCUCAAAAAGCAAAGGUUCUCGCCAAAGCAAGUCAGAAAGUGAUACACAGAAAAUCUGUUUGGGCCCACUCUCCUAAAGUUUUCUUGGAUGACAAAAGCUCUGUGAAUGUUCCUGCACAGGGCUUCACAAGACUGGAAGGUACCACAAGAGCUUUGCGUUCUGUGGAUGAUGAUGAAGACCCUGAAGGCUUGGAGAUGUUAGUUUCCCACAGACAGAGAAAUCAUGACAGUUUUGUGGACAGUUUUGUCUCUUUGCCAAGAAAACACGUUCACCGUAAAGGCCACAACGAAAAGCGUAAGUCAGGUAGGCAAAACGUUGACAAUCUUUCUGGUUUAGAAAGCGACAAUGAGAAAUAUACAAAGCUGAGUACAGAUACAGAAAAGAGGAGUCCUUCUCAUGGUAGAGGGGACAGACCCAAACGUGCACACAGCUUUUCACACACAGAUGUCCACUCCAGACCUGACUCAGCGCGAUGGGACGGCACACGACGUUGUGAGAACAGGGGAGAGGAGACUCAGCUUCAAGAUGUCUACCCAGAGAGGUGGGCUCACCGUGCACGGAGCAACAAGUCCCCACCCUCGCCGGGUCGCCCAGUUGUCCAGCGCAGCUCGUUUAGCCAAGACGUUCUGGACAAAUACAAGAGGGAUGACCUUGGGGGAACGCCGUGCCGUGAGUCGUCUCCGAGCGGGAAAACAGAAUGGGGGCAGCGUUCAGGACACAAUAUACAUGGAGAAAGUCGAGAAACAAAAGCUGAUGCUUCAAAUCUUCUUCAAGAUGGGUCUGAGCACAUUCUUGGGUUCAGUCAAUUUCUCAGUUCCAAAGUCCUUCUUUCUUUCCCCAAACAAUGGGAGCAAAAGGACGGGACGGGUGGACCAGCUGGGCACACCUCGGCCGUCUCCCCUCCUCACUACGCAAGUGUUCAUGAAGGCGGGGAGUCUAGUGGUGUUGGUCACAGCCGUUCUACUGUGUUUCCUGCCGGGUCGUCGGAUGUCGAUGCUUCUCAGUUGAUGAGCUCGAAGUCUCGUCCCAAUCCAGAGGUAGAGUCGUGGUUAGGCGACCUGGGUCUCCAAUCUGUGGAAAGAUACGUUGAUCUUUUCGCUGGCCAUCAGAUGGACAUGACAAGUAUUCGACUUCUCACUGCCAACGGGCUUCGUGAAAUGGGCAUUCAUGCCUUGGGACCAAUCAUGAAGAUCCUGAAAGGUGUGCAAGUUUUGGCUCGUGAUGAAGAAAGACGUUGCUCCGAGCUCGAAGCCCUGCCCAAAGACGAAGACACGGUGCCCAGCAGAGACAGAGAGUGCCCGGACGGAGCGGAGCCAUCGCAGCGUCACAGUAACUGUUGGGACAACGACGUUCUGUCGUCUGCUCCUGUGAAGCUAGAGUCCGUGGUCCGGCCUAUCGUCUCCCACACGGGUGAACGCGAGAAGAUUUCUGUCCUUGAGGAUGUCGACAAGGACGUGGGUCUUACUGCAGGUAGCCUGCCACCAGAGGGCGAUAAAAGUGAGCAGCGAAAGAAUGGCGAAUCAAAGAAACAAAAUGGGAACCAUGAGAAUAAAUUUGGUUUGUCCAAAAGAAAUUCUAAGAAAAGUGGUAUUUCUGAGAAAAGGGCAUUGAUUCAAGGCACAGGAUGGAAACAGACUUCUGAUGAAGCAGACUUCAAAAAUGUUCAAAAUCGAUCCCCUACAAGUGACUCACAUGUCCCAGAAACUCUUCUGGUGAAGGAGAAAGAGAAGCAGACGCACAGACAGACGCACAGACAGACGC